AUGUCCGGCGGAGAGAAGAGAGCGAGGGAGGAGGUGGAGGCGUUGCUGGCGCAGACGAAGCUGCCUGCAAAGAAGGAGAAACGGGUGAAGGACCAGAUUAGGGCCAUCGCCAACAACACAUGUGGGGAGAUAGCAGACUUGGAUGAUGAUGGCCUCGGCGACAUUGGGGCGCGUGCGGUGGCCGAGGCGCUCAAGGACAACACCUGCCUCAAAACGCUCUUCCUGCACAACAACUCCAUCGGCGAUGAGGGCGCGGUGACGUUGGCGGAGAUGCUGAAGCACAACACGACCCUCGAAAGACUCGACCUGAGUGAGAACUCCAUCGGCCCUGAGGGCGCCGUGGCGUUGGCGGAGAUGCUGAAGCACAACACGACCCUCACAGCACUCGACUUGUAUAACAACUCCAUCACCCCGGUUGGCGGUGCGGCGCUGGGUGCCGCACUGGACCAGAACCGCACCAUGUCUCGGCUUGAGAUCAAAUACAACUCCACCGCCACUGCCCGCGCCUUUGGUGCCGCGCUGCCCGUCAACCGAGAACUCGACACAUACUGGUUUGGCGACGGUGAGGGCAGGGCCGCCUUUAACGAAGCACGCGCGGAGAAGAAGCGGCAGCAUGAGCAACUGUUUGCCGCCUGCAGGGAUGGCGACGCUCCAGCUGUCACGUCCCUCAUCGAACAGGACAAUGCAGACAUCAACCAACAGGACAAGCAGGGCGACACGCCGCUACAUGUUGCCUGCAGGCACAACCAACCCGCCAUUGUGAAGCUGCUCCUCGAGAAGGGCGCAGACGCUUCCAUCAAGAACAAGAAGGGAGAGACGCCCUACGAUGUGGCACAAGCCAACGGCCACGCUGCCAUCACCAGCAUCCAAGGGCUGAAGCCAGGCGGCAAGCCUUCGGAGCAACCACAACAGCAACAGCAACCGCAACAAGAGCCACCUGCGCCCACUCCUGCCGCCGGACCGAAGCAAGAAGAACAAGCAGCGCAAGACCCCGAGCAGGCGCGCAGGGAGCGCCUCCAGCAGCACAUGCGGGAGAUCAUUGCGCGCUUCAACGCGACCAUGGCUAGCAGGGCCAAGCUCAUCUUCAUAGGCCAAGGGCGCGCCGGCAAAACCAGCACGUUUCACUCGCUCAUGGGUCACAUGUUCAACAAGCACGAGCACUCCACGCAUGGCGUUGCCUCAACCGACCUCACCGUCAUUGUCGAAUCAAUGGACGUUCACGACUGGCAGGAGCUGGAUGCGGAGAUCUCGGAGUUGAUGCGCAGCCUCUGCGGCACGGCGCUGGCGCAGGAAUCCGGCGUGGACUUACAAAUGAAGCAGGCGAUGAUGAAGGUAAAGGCAGACCUGAAGAGCCGCAUCACCCAACACCAUCAGCAACAACGGCAGCAGGAAGCCGAGAAGGCAGAGAAAGCAACGGCUGCCAAGCAGAAGCAGAAGCAGUUACAGAAUGCAAAGGAGACGCGGCCACGGCCAUCCUCCCGCACGUCAUCAUCGACCGUCCCAAAGCCCAGCAAGACGUCUCAGAUGUCAGCAUCUGCGCCCACGAAGCAGGCCACCCUAAACCCUUCCAGCCAAAGUGAUGCUGCUGCGCGUGACAACAGCAGCAGCACCACGCCCGGCAUGUCUGCUGAGGAAAUGGAGAAAGCGAUCAAGGAGUUCAACAUGGAUGCCGUCAUGGGCGAGGGCAAAGCGCGGGUCACGUUCAAGAUCUUUGACCUGGGUGGCCAGUCCACCUUCUACAUCUUCCACCCUUUCUUCCUCACAAAGUACGCGGUGUACCUGCUGGUGUUCUCGAUGGAGGACCUGUUGCACCAAGAUGAGAGCCAUCGGGCAGAGGCGUGGGAAUUUAUGGAGCACUGGCUCUCCUCCCUCCACCUCCACGCCAAGGGCGCACCCGUCCUCAUCGUCGGCACCUUCGCUGAUGUGGUCAGUCAGCGGAAGCAACAUGAGCAGAUCUCACGCGACAUCCACAGUCGCCUGCGCCACAACCCAGCCUUUCCUGGUGUCAUUCACAACGACAAGCAUGGCCUGUGGUUCUGGCCCGUCGACAACACCAAGUCCAUUCACGAUCCCAUGAUCCAGGACCUGCGCCAGACCAUCUCCUCCACAGCACUGGCGCAGGAGUACGUGAGCCAGGAGGUAGCUGUGCCAUACCUCCAUCUCUAUGACAAGCUCAACGCCAUCGCCCGCGACGAGAAGCGACCGCUGCUCACCUUUGACGAGGUGGUGGCGAUUGCGCGCACCUGUGGGCUGCGCACACGUGAGGAGACGAAAGCCUGCCUUCAGUUCCUGCACCUCUACUCCAUGGUGCUGUACUUUGACAGCGUGCCGGGCAUGGAGGACUAUGUGAUCCUGAGUCCGCAGUGGGCGGUGGACACGAUGACGCGCGUUAUCCGAAACUUUGAUCUGCAUCACGACGUGCGUGAUGGUGAGGCGAGGGCCGUUGGCGCCAACGUGUGGGACGACCUCGUUGACCGCGGUAUCCUGCACCGUCGUCUGCUGGAGGUGUUGUGGAAGGAUUUGGAAGGUGGCACGAUUGAGCCCUUCCUCCAACUCAUGAUGGAGUACGGGUUGUGUAUCCAGUACACGGCGCCAAUGGUGCUGCUGACCGGUCCUCAACAGCAACAACAACACCACCAACAGUACCUCGUCCCAGCAAUCCUGCCGAUGACCUUGGAGGAUGAACAGGCGUCAUCAGUCUCGCUGAGCACGGCAGCAGCACAGCAAGCCAAUCCGUAUGUUGGAUAUGAGGAGAAGACGGCCUACGUCGCCUUCAGCCUGACGCAGUUCAAGAGGGGUGUGAGCGUCAAGAUUGCAGACACGCAGCAAGCCUCCUUCCUGCCAGAGGGCCUGUUCCCAAUGGUGUUGGCACGCGUGAUGGCACACAUGCAGCACGGUGCAACGGAACCGCCCAUGUUGAGCCGCACAGACGCCGUGAUCUUCAUGGAUGCUGCUGAGAUCGAGAUGCAGCUCGUGCCGGCUGUCGGCGGCAUCAAGAUCAAGGUCAUGGCUGCACGUCCUCGCACGCUGCUGCACAUGCUGUACGACACCAUCACAACAGCUGUCACGCAGCGCUACCCCGAGCUCAAGGCCACGUUGCUGCUGCCAUUCAGUGACACGAGACUGCUGUUCUUCGAGGACGUGCACACCCACCACAUGAACAAGAAAGCGCUUCGCGUUGGCCGCUCACAGCUGCUGUCACCAGGGGAUCUGGUCGCCAAAUAUGGUCCACUCUUGCCAGUUAUGGGUCAGCAGGACAAAUAUGAUGCCUUCAUCAGUUACAGGCAACGCGGCAACCGGGGUUUGGUGAUGACAUUGUACCCAAAGUUGGAGCAGCACGGACUGGUAACCUUUGUGGACGCCAACAACUUGGAGACAGGCGUCAACUUCAAGCACGCGUGCAUGACAGCCCUGCACAACAGUACUGUCGCCUGUCCCGUCGUUUCCGUGGGUGCCAUCCAUCAGAUGCGCUCGCUCGGCCACACUGACACGUGCGACAACGUCUUGUUGGAGUGGAUGGCGAUGCUAGAGCUGCAGCAGAUUGCUCGCCAGCAUCCAGACAAGAUCCACCUCCGCCGCAUCGUUCCGCUCUUCAUUGGCAGUGGCUGGCACGACAGCAGUCACCAUGUUAUGAGCAGGGCAGAGGUGAGCGAGUACGACUCGUUUGACCGCCUGAAGCGGCUGGCAACGAAGCUGCCGGAUGUUGUGAGUGAGGAGAUGGCAGCAGAGCUCGACCAGUUCUUUUCGCAAGUGCUGCACCUGCCACCGCCCCAGCAGCACAAGAGCGUGCGCAAAGUGGUGCUGUCUCUGUUUGACAUUGACGCAGUGAUUGCGAUGGAUGCCGGCGUGGACCACACGUCGCAGCUGCACGACAUUGCGGAGAAGGUGCGCCAGGUCGCCGUCUCCGCCAGGAGCAAGGAGCAAGCAGCGCAGGGACCAACAACUGCACGUCGUUCCACGCAGUCGUCCUUCUCCUUCUCCUCCUCCGAAACUCCUGGCAGGCUGCUGCCUGCCACUCCAUCGUCCUCGUCCUCAAGCUCAUUUGAGCCCAAGCUGAUUCAAUGGCUCAACCGCCACUCGCUGCUGCCGCACGUCGAAUCUGUGCUGAUGGAGCACGGCAUUGACACGUUGGAGGUGCUGGCGGCGCUGGUCCAGGAGGGAGAGCUGACGAUGCAAACCCUAAAGGCGGCGAGUGUGCCGAUGGGUCCCGCCAUGAAGCUGAUUCGGGAGGCAAAGAAGUGUGACGUGGACAGUUCUGUGUAGUGUGACGCGUUAUCGGCCCUGUUACCUCUCAUGUUUGCCGUUGUUGUUCUGCGCUGAGUUACUUCUGCCCUUCCGUCUUUACGCCUUUCAAUCAUUCCAUGUGCCCGACUGUCGUAGACCACCGCUUGCAGCGCUUCUGUCCCCUGUUUCUCCUCCUCUCACUCCUUGCCGACGUGGCGCCAAGGCGUGCUUCUUGUUGCUCUGCACCUUCCGUGCUUUCGUUGCCCCUCCUGUGUCAUGCCGCCACUUGUUGCUGCACCUUUGUUCCACAAUACAUCCUCCUUCGAUUCAGA